CGUUUUAUGCAAAAUGCUCGAAAUAUAGUCAAAUAAAAAUUUAAUAUUUAGCUAAUCUCAAAAACAGUUUCUCACCUGAGGUAAUCGCGUUCAAUUUGUGGCUUUACUUACUUAAUUGAACCUGCUACAUUCUGUGCACAAUGUCUCGGUGUUUAAGUCCUGAAGAACUAAUGGAAUUAUUCAAAUCUCUUGAUACAAAUGGAGAUGGAGUUGUUAGCAGACAAGAGUUGACGACGCGACUCGCUAACGCUGGAGUAUCUGCGAGAAGAGUACAGGAUCUUAUGAAACACCUGGAUAUAAAUGGUGAUGGAUUUAUUACUGUUGAAGAAUAUAAAUCAGCUUUGGGAUUGACUAAGGAACCAGCAGCUGAAUGGCGACGACUGUUCAUUCAAAUUGAUCAAGACAGAAGUGGCGAGAUCGAUGCUAAUGAAAUGCAAAAAUUAUUUGAUGAAGCCGGUAUGACAGUAUCACGUUCAGUGCUAGAUGAAUGGAUACGUGAACAUGAUCGAGAUGGUAAUGGCAAAUUGAGUUUUGAAGAGUUUCUUGAAUUCGUUUCAUCUAACUUAUCAUAACAACGCUUGUAUUUCAAAUUAUUAUUGUUAUUGUUAUUAUUAUUA